AAGGUAGCGCAGCGCGUGCGGUGCUCAGUAGUCAGUGCACGGGAUCGUGCUCAGUGUUGCUUGUCUAAAUUCGUGGAAGUGAGUCGCUUUUUCGUGUUAUUAUCUCUUUGCAACAAUGGGAAAGGGUUUUGGUAACCUCGCAAAGAUCCGAGGGAUCGUCUACUUCAGACUGAGCCCCUACGAGCAAAAGGCUUUUGCUGGAGCAAUAUCUCAUGGUGUACCCAACACCAUUCGCAGAAUCAGAGAAUCUGCACUCAGAGUGGGACCUGCCAUGAUUUUCACUUAUCUGGUAUAUUCGUGGGCAAAACAAGAGCACGAACGUGUGGUGAGGAAGAAGCCCGGCGAUUUCGCCAAUGAUGUCUAAAGUUGAGGAUUGGAUAAUCAUUAGUUCAAUAAAAAUCUUGAAACUAUGAGAAAUUUCAGUUGAGACAUUCAUUGAGUGUGAUUGUUAUUAGCUACGAAUUCGAAUAAAUAGAAUUUAAGUAUUUACGUUUAAUUUUUCUCCUGCUGUAUAAUCAAGUUAGAAAUAUAUCAGAAUGAUAACAAUCAUUAACUGGAAA